UGAAAUCAAUGGUGGAGAGAGGUUUUGUAUCUUAUUAGAGUAAGAUUGUCUACAGCAACAUAAAACAGCAGCGACACAGGGUUUUUUGUUAGGGUUACGUUCUCGCAAAUCGCAAAUCGCAAAUCGCAAAUCGCAAAUCGCAAAGAAGAGAAGGAGCAGUGAAGUUCUGCAUUCACAUUCAGUUAGGGUUUUUCUUUUCGUUAUCGGAAAUGGCUCGAAACGAGGAGAAGGCGCAGUCGAUGCUGAACCGCUUCAUCACGAUGAAGGCGGAGGAGAAGAAGAAGCCGAAGGAGCGCCGGCCGUUCCUUGCUUCGGAGUGCCGCGACCUGUCGGAGGCCGACAAGUGGCGCCAGCAGAUCAUGCGCGAGAUCGGGCGGAAGGUGGCGGAGAUUCAGAACGAGGGUCUGGGCGAACACCGCCUGCGCGACCUCAACGACGAGAUCAACAAGCUCAUUCGGGAGAAGUCUCAUUGGGAGCGACGAAUCGUGGAGCUCGGCGGGCCUAAUUACGCUAAACACUCGGCCAAAAUGACGGACCUCGACGGCAACAUAGUCGACGUCCCCAACCCGGGCGGCCGCGGCCCCGGCUACCGCUACUUCGGCGCGGCGAAGAAGCUUCCCGGUGUCAAGGAGCUCUUCGAGAAGCCCCCGGAGCUCCGCAAGAGGCGCACGCGGUACGACAUUUAUAAGCGGAUUGAUGCGAGUUACUACGGUUACCGUGAUGACGAGGAUGGCGUGCUGGAGCGGCUGGAGGGCCCGGCGGAGGAGGCGAUGCGGCGGGAGGCGGCAGAGGAGUGGAGGAGAUUGGAUGAGGUGAGGAGGGAGGCGAGGAAGGGGGUGAAAAGUGGGGAGGUGGCAGAGGUGUCGGCGGUGGCGAGGGAGAUGCUGAGGGAGGAGGAGGAGGAGGUGGUGGAGGAGGAGAGGCAGAGAGAGAAAGAGGAGGAGAGGGAGAAGAGGGAGUUUAUUGUGCACGUGCCGCUGCCGGAUGAGAAGGAGAUCGAGAGGAGGGUGCUGGAGAAGAAGAAGAUGGAGCUGUUGAGUAAGUAUGUGAGUGAGGGGCUUAUGGAGGAGCAGACCGAGGCCAAGGACAUGCUCAAUAUUCAGCGUUAGUGGGGACUGUGCCAAGCUUUUAAAGUGCUGCCAAUGGUGGUGAUGACUUCAAAAAUCUUGCCCAAAAUUGUGGUCGUAAACUGCAUUUUUGUUAGAUCUUUCUUAUCUUGAGGCUUGAUUUUUGGUAUGCAAGUAGGUUGGUUAUAACUUAAUACAUGUUUCGAUUGAAUUAGUGUAAAACGUAGAGGAAUGAACGUGUUGCUCUAAUGAUGCUCUUUGAGAAAUUUUAUGAAUGGGCAAUUCAUGAUCAUGCACUUGAAACUCAAGACAUAUUCUUCACAGUCUCAA